CUGAUCAUGCGUGUGGACUUCGAUCAUCACAAGGUGACUUGUGCAGCUGCGAGACUGGCACUGUUAGCUCACCUGCAGCUGACUGGCACAGCUUCAAGACUGGCACUGUUAACUCACCUGCAGCUGACUUAUGUAGCUUCAAGACUGGCACUGUUAACUCACCUGCAGCUGACUUAUGUAGCUUCAAGACUGGCACUGUUAGCUCACCUGCAGCUGACUUAUGUAGCUUCAAGACUGGCACUGUUAACUCACCAGCAGCUGACUUAUGUAGCUUCAAGACUGGCACUGUUAGCUCACCUGCAGCUGACUUAUGUAGCUUCAAGACUGGCACUGUUAACUCACCAGCAGCUGACUUAUGUAGCUUCAAGACUGGCACUGUUAGCUCACCUGCAGCUGACUUAUGUAGCUUCAAGACUGGCACUGUUAGGUCACCUACAGCUGACUUAUGUAGCUUCAAGACUGGCACUGUUAACUCACCAGCAGCUGACUUAUGUAGCUUCAAGACUGGCACUGUUAGGUCACCUACAGCUGACUUAUGUAGCUUCAAGACUGGCACUGUUAGCUCACCUGCAGCUGAGUGGUACAGCUUCAAGACUGGCACUGUUAGCUCACCUGCAGCUGAGUGGUACAGCUUCAAGACUGGCACUGUUAGCUCACCUGCAGCUGACUGGUACAGCUUCAAGACUGGCACUGUUAGCUCACCUGCAGCUGAGUGGUACAGCUUCAAGACUGGCACUGUUAGCUCACCUGCAGCUGACUGGUACAGCUUCAAGACUGGCACAGUUAGCUCACCUGCAACUGACUUAUUCAGCUUCAAGACUGGCACUGUUAACUCACCUGCAGCUGCCAGGUACAGCUUCAAGACUGACACUCUGACUGGUGCAGCUUCAAGACUGGCACUGUUAGCUCACCUGCAGCUGCCAGGUACAGCUUCAAGACUGACACUGUUAGCUCACCUGCAGCUGACUGGUGCAGCUUCAAGACUGGCACUGUUAGCUCAUCUGCAGCUGCCAGGUACAGCUUCAAGACUGGCACUGUUAGCUCACCUGCAGCUGCCAGGCACAACUUCAAGACUGGCACUGUUAACUCACCUGCAGCUGACUGGUGGAGCUUCAAGACUGGCACUGUUAGCUCACCUGCAGCUGAGUGGUACAGCUUCAAGACUGGCACUGUUAGCUCACCUGCAGCUGACUGGUGCAGCUUCAAGACUGGCACUGUUAGCUCAGCUGCAGCUGACUGCAGCUGACUGGCACUGUUACAGCUUCAAAACUGGCACUGUUAGCUCACUGCAGCUGACUGUGCAGCUUCAAGACUGGCACAGCUCACCUGCAGCUGACUGGUACAGCUUCAAGACUGGCACUGUUAGCUCAGCUGCAGCUGACUGGUGCAGCUUCAAGACUGGCACUGUUAGCUCAGCUGCAGCUGACUUGUGCAGCUUCAAGACUGGCACUGUUAACUCAGCUGCAGCUGACUG